CACUUUGAAACGAGCAUCAGCACAUUGUGUCGAAUCAGUAGUGCUUAAAAUCUGAAGAGUGCGUCGGAACUCCGGUUUCAAUCUUCCCAUCAGUACCCGCAGCGAGCUGAACCCUAGAGGUAUGGAGACAGACCCCAACUUGGAGACACAUACUGAGAGCAGACCAGAGACUGGGGAGGAGAGGACAAAGACCAGAGAGGCCCCCACCAGCCCCCUGUCACUCACAGAGUGUCCAGCUGCUCACACCCCUGCAACACUCACCCCCACUCCCCCUAAAACGAGUUCCUCCUGCCUUAGAACGCUCACCCCCACUCCCCCUAAAACCAGUUCCUCCUGCCCAGCAACGCCCACCCCCACUCCCCAUAUACAGAGUUCCUCCUGCCCUUCUCAACUCAGCGCCACUCCCUCUACCAUACUCUCCCUCACCCAUGCAUUCACAUCCUGUUCUCCCUCUACACCCACACCCAGUCCUCCUAAACUGACGCCCACCCCCUCAUCACCUUCACUCACCUGUAAGACCCUCCCUUACGUCUCACCCGCGUUACUCGCCCACGCCUUUACGAAUCCCCCCUCGGCCUCUGAUGACCCGGUCGCCACAGCAACACUCACCCCUACUCACCCCUUGCACGUCCACUCGCUACCUGUACCCAGCCACACACCCCCACCCCCAAGCCCUACCAAAAAACCCGCUCCUCUCGCCUCCAAUCCCCCAACCCUCGGGCCUUCUCCCCCUCUACUCACCUGCCCUACCGUUUCGGCUGUCACGUCUCUGCCCUCCUCCUCUCCAGCCAACAGCAACGUUAGUUCUCCUUCUGGGGCUUCUCCCUUCCUCCUGGCCAAUGGGAAUGCGAGGACAGCACCCACGCCCGCCUCUCCACCAAUCACGCCGUUCCAUACCCCUGCCAGCAGACAGGUCCAUCGCACCCUAUAUAAGCCUAGUCUGCCGCAAGCCAAUCGGAGCACCUCACCUGUCAGACAGAGGGUUUCCCAGCAGGCUUUGCUCCUGGGUCGGAGUCCUUGCUCCAGCCGAGACCAGAUGCUGCUCAGGGCCCAGAUGCUGAUUUUCACCUCUACAAUACGGCCUGUCCUUUCCUCCUCUUCCUCCUCAUCCUCCUCAUCCUCUUCCUCUCGCCCUGGCUCCGCUCAGCUCCAGAGUCUAACCCUGCGCCCCUCAGAUCCCGCAACGCUCACCAUCCCCCCGUCUUUACGUCUGAAACCACCCUCCUCUUCCUUGAUCUCUCGUCCGCGCACACCGAUAUUUCCCCCUUUACGACCUCGCCCCCAGUCCAGUUCCAUGGAAACAGACAGACAGACCACACCCACACGGCACCACUCAGUCCCUCCUCCAACUCUUUACCCUUCUGUGCGUUCAGUACCUCUGAGACCCAGACUUCAUUCCCCAAAUGGCCACAGAGCGGUGCCGCCGAGACACAGUCCCACACUGCGACAAAUCACGUCUGCUCCUGACCAUCUGGUUCUGCCCGGCAGACAUUGGACUGGACCAGUCAGUAAUCUGUCAUCUCAAAACCCAUCCAAACAGUCCACCCCAGGUCAAUCGCUUAGCCCUUGCUCUAAGCCUCUCCCGUUGGGUUCUACUUCCUGUUUUGAUCGGUUGCCACCGGCAUCUAGGCAGCUUCAAAUGAUUGCCCUCUCUGCCGGAUCCACCAGCCAUCUCAGCAGCCAACCACGGCCUGCUGCCAACACACACACCCUGCCAGCACACACACAGCGUGUUGAUUCUGUCCAAUCAACACGUUUCGUUUUUGAGAACUCACCUACUCAUCUCAAUGCCCUACAACAGAGGACUUCUGAUCAAAUCUCUCCCACAUCCUCCGUCCACAUAGCCAACUCACCCUUGCACUCUCUCUAUGAUCCACAAGCAGAGCUGGAGAAAGAGGGGGUGAGGGAGGAGAGAACGGGGGAGGGAGUAGAGAAACAGGUGACGGGAGAGGAGGAGGGUACUGGAAGAGGAGAAGAAAAGCAGAGUGAGAUGACUGGUAUAGAGGUUAAAGGGGAGCGAGGAAUGAAGAAGGAGGAGAAGCAGAGAAAGAGGAUUGGGGUAGAGGAGGAACAGGGAGAGAAAGAGGCUGUGAAAGGAGACGUGGAGGGGACCACCGUUUCCCCGGCCAGUCUGUUGGACCCACGGCCUUGUGCCGACCCGGCUACUCAGAACCACGCGUCUCUCGAUACCCUGCAUAAUUCCAGCACUCAGAUGUACACACCUUUGUCCUCAGAACCACCCAUGGACCUCCAGACACCAGCCGACAUUCCCUUAGAGCCUUCCUCAGAACCGCCCAUGGACCUCCAGACACCAUCCGACAUUCCCUUAGAGUCUUUCUCAGAACCACCCAUGGACCUCCAGACACAAUCCGACUUUCCCUUAGAGUCUCCCUCAGAACCGCCCAUGGAACUACAGACAUCAUCCGACAUUCCCUUAGAGCCUCCCUCAGAACCGCCCAUGGACCUCCAGACACAAUCUGACAUUCGCUUAGAGCCUCGCUCAGAACUGCCCAUGGACCUCCAGACAUCAUCCGACAAUCGCUUAGAGCCUCCCUCAGAACUGCCCAUGGACCUCCAGACACCAUCUAACAUUCCCUUCGAGCCUCCCUCAGAACCACCCUAUCUGGACUCGCAGGAAAUCUGUGAGAACAUGUCCACCCAGUCUGACAACCAAUCAGUCUUGUCCAGUCUUUCCUCUCAGUCUUCCCCCACCUCACCCUUCUUCACCCCUCCGUCAGACCUCCCCCCUCCUCUCCUGCCCGUUAGCCCCUCCCAGCCAGGGACCCUAAGCGUUUCGCACAGCCGCCCUGACAACCUCAGCUUAUCACAACGUGAGCCUUGGAAACAGAGGGCGUGGCCAGAGGGUGAGAGGCGUGUCCUAACUCACCUGGUGGAGGGUUUUGUCAUACGCGAGGGCCUGCAGGCAUUCCCGAUGACACGCUCAUCUCUCUUGUUGGGUGAGCAGAAGGGUGUGUCUCAGAAUAUAAACUCAGAGGAGGCGGGGACAUUACCAUUUACAGACACACCAGAGCCACCCGAACAUUCCAGCGAAUCAGAACAGGAGCGCACGUCUACGGACGACCCCCUGACAGCACCAAAAGAGAGACAAAAGGGAAUGUUGCAGUGUGAGUCCUGUGGGAAGAGAGGCCACGCCCACUCUUUCCAACGCUCCAAGAGAUACUGUUCCACUUCCUGUGCCCGCAGGUAUAAUGUGGGUCUGUCUAAGCGUCUGCGUGCUCUGAGUGCUGGCAGCCGGCCAGAGGGGCGGAGUCCUGAGACAAACAAGGUGGAGUCUGUUCCUGGGAAGCCCCUCCUACUGAGACUGCCCCGUGAAAUAUGGAGUGCCCGUCGCCAUGACUACGAAGAGGCGGGGGAGCGUGCCGUUCCCAUGACAACCAGGCUAGAGCGCCGAGCAGCACGGAGGGCAAGGAGAGCUUCGGAGCCAGUGAUGACCCCUGCCAGCCCCCCCGUGACCCCCGCUGACCCGACACUUGCACAGUGGAGCGUGGAGCAAGUAUGGGACUUCAUACACACCCUGCCAGGCUGUAGGGAGGUCGCGGAGGCGUUCCGUGUUCAGGAGAUAGACGGCCAGGCCUUGCUGCUUCUGACCGAGGACCACCUGAUGACAAGUAUGAACAUCAAACUCGGACCGGCCCUGAAGAUCUGCGCCCACAUCAACGCACUCAGACACAGAUAGAGGGGAGGGGGAGGUGAGGGGGAGGUGACGAGGUCAGGUGAGGUUGGGUGGGCGAUAGUGAUGGAAACGAUUGAGAACGGGGGGGACUGAGAAGGAUGUCAAAGGGCGAUUAUGAGCUGGGAGCAGUCGGAGACGGGACAGGUUUUUCUAUUUUAUUGUGUCUGUAAAUAUUUAACAAUGAAGUGUACUGGAUGUGAAUCUUAAAUUGUUUAUUGUAUUUGUAAUAUAAAAUAUAGUGUAUUUGCCUGUUUGGUAUUAUUUCAGGUUGUGGUAUCACUUUUAAAAUGUAUUUUAAUUUGCAAAGUGCAUACAAAAACAUUUUUAUUCACUGUGUAAAAAUGUGUCAACUAAAGAAAUUAUACAGGUUUUUAUAUAUAAUCAGGCAAAAAUGUAAAUCUUAUUUGACUUGUAAUCAUGUCAAUAAUGUGAGAUAAUGUAACGUUUUCCCUUUCCCCGCCUCUUCAAUCACUACUGUAAUAAAUCCAGUAUUUUAUGGA